AAGCUUCAUCGAAGUAAUAAUACAACUCGUAAUAGUCGUAGUGUUAAAACCAACGUUCCGAAUUGUCCCGAGAAUGAAGUGCUAGAGAAUGGUGAAACUAAGCGUGCUAUAUCACAACUCAUAAUGAUGACAGUCGAUGGAAGUGUGUGGAAUUAUAGAACGGAAAAUUACCAAAAAGUGUUUUUCUUACUUGACACUGGAGCACAAAAAACCGUUUUUCAAAAGUCGCUAGCCGAAAGACUUGGUCUUCGACGCCAAGUCUCGGGCAUUGGCGGUCAUACUGAGAAGUUUGAAAGGCAUACAGUAGGCGUCAAAAUAAGCACUGCUUUCGGAGAAGAACUCAAGUUCAAUUUUCAAACGAAACCAGUAAUUACAAACAGUUUUCCAAGUGUCAAUCUCACCCCACCAGACACGAUAUCACUACCAACGAGCUCGUUGAAACCCUACAGAUGGAAUAACAAUUCCAUAUGGACUGCACAUAUCGAAGACCGUUUUCGGCCCUACAGUAUAUGGAAGGAGAGGUCCCAAACCCAACAUGGUGAAUAUGUAGAUGUCACAUGUGCUAGUGGU